UGGAAGGAUGAGGUCCUCCCUGACACCUUUGGGGCCCUCUGUGAGCCGGGACCGCGUCAUCACCAGCUUCCCUAAGAUCCAGCUCUCUGGGUCCCGGCCUGGGCUCCCUGGCAUGUCAGAGCCCUGGAGCCUCGUGAGGUGCUGACAAGGACGGCGUGACGGAGGCUUGGAAGGGGACAGAGGGGACCCUGGGAAGUAAGCCACCAGCUCCUGCCCGGGAGCUCCGCGGGGGGACAUGCCCGCCUGUCCAUCUGUCUGUCUGCAGUGGUACACGCCCGCCGCCUGCCUGCAGCUCCGGGAGCACUUCCAUGGGCAGGUCAGCGCCGCCUGCCAGCGCGGGAACACGGGGACCGUAGGGCUCAGACUCUCCAAGGUGGUGGUGGUCGGCGAUCUCUACGUGGGCAAGACCUGCCUCAUCCACAGGUUCUGCAAGAAUGUCUUCAACCGUGACUACAAGGCCACCAUUGGGGUGGACUUUGAGGUCGAGCGCUUCGAGGUCGCUGGGACGCCCUUCAGCCUCCAGAUCUGGGACACAGCAGGGCAGGAGAAGUUCAAGUGCAUCGCAUCUGCCUACUACCGGGGUGCCCAGGUGAUCAUCACGGCCUUUGACCUCACCGACGUGCAGACCCUGGAGCAUGCCAGGCAGUGGCUGGAGGACGCGCUGAGGGAGAACGAGCCGGGCGCCUGCUUCCUGUUCCUCGUGGGGACCAAGAAGGACCUGCUGUCAGGGGCCGCGUGCGAGCAGGCGGAGGCGGAGGCCGUGCGCCUGGCCAACGAGAUGCAGGCUGAGUACUGGUCCGUGUCAGCCAAGACCGGGGAGAACGUGAAGGCGUUUUUCAGCCGUGUGGCCGCCCUGGCCUUCGAGCGCUCAGUACUGCAGGACUUGGAGCGGAGGAGCAGCGCCCCGCUGCAGGUCGGCGGCGGGGACCUCAUCCGGAUGGAGGGACGUCCACCCGAGACCCCAGACAGCAGGAGGCCCUCCAGCCCGAGUUGCUGUUAGCCAGGCCUGCGGCAGAGGCCUCCCCGCCCUCCACGAGGCAUGCCGGUGGUGUGUCUGCGACAUGGAGGGGGAUGCGGGGCGCCCACCACGCUGAGCCCCAGGGACCCCCCUCCCCCAGCUGCCUCCUCUCCGUAGCGAGGCGGGAGCCAGGGGAGGCCCCCACUGCCACCCGGGACCCCCGGCUGGAAGGCCAGUCACCCCUACAGUGUUGCCCGUCAGCCCCGGCCGCAGAGGCUCAGGACCGCAGGCACAGCCGGGGUCCCAGACCCCGGGCACAGUCGGGGCUCCCCGGGCCCCUCCCCAGCCUUCUGGUUGGCCCCGGAGUCGCCCUCAUCUCAGGGGCCCCGGCGAGUGGGACUUUCUCUCCUGGCCCCGACUCUUCUGUCAGCAGGGCUGGGCCUUGGAGCCCCGGCCCUGCGGUCCACUGUCCCUCCGCCACGGACUUGCGGGUCCCCUCUCUGGCCGCCGAGGGGCCCCCUCUGGCUCCGCUGUGACCCGUGGCCUCCUGCGCCCCGGGUCAGGAGCCGAGAUGAGCAGGAUGGGCCACACACACUCCCGGCCCGGCUGUGCCCCGCCCCCACCCUGUGACUCGCCGCGGCAUCCGCUGCUCAUGGCACUGCCCCCCCCCACACACACUGGCAGCUGUCACCCAGACUCUGCUGGGCUGGUGCCCACCCCCGCCCACCCCCGGGCCCUCUCUCCCACUUGCCUGGGGACGAGACGGUGCCGCGUGCAGGUCCCCGAGGACCCUGGUGAUGGCUGCAGGUGUCGGCAGCACAGCGGAGGCACUCCAGCCCCUGCAGGCAGGCUCCCCAUCUCCAUGGCCCUCCUGAUCCCCAGAACAGGCGGGCGCCCCCGGCCUCCCCUCCCCAGCUCCCGCCCAGAGUGCCCAGCCCGCUCCAGGCCCUGGUGGGGCUCCUCCACAGGGCCUACUGAGCCCCCCACCUCACGGCCACAAGCAGGUGGCACGUGUGGCCACCGUCCUCGUGGACUGUGAGCGUUUCCUGGGCAGCCAAUGGUCAGCGGCCCGGGGACACUGCGUCUCCUGUCCGCUCAGCCUUCUCCAUAUCUUCAGCUCUCCUUUUAGUAGAUGGAGGGUCCUCCUUUGCAUAAAGCACUCGGCAGGAACCGCAAAUGUGCCAUUGUGAGAUGUGGCAGUACAGGGCUCAGCCUCCAGGGAGGCGCCCCUGAGGCCCGACGUAAGCAGCGCAGGCCUCCUGCUCCUCGUCUGCUGUGAAACCAGCGCGCCCUCUCCCCGGCCCACCCACCAGGUGGCCUUCUUCCUCCCAGGCUGGGCGAGCCUGUGUCCCUUCAGGGCUGCAGAUUUGACUUCCUGCAGCGGGGCCAGAGUCUGUUCAUGCCGCCUGGCCCUGGGACAGUCGGCUUUUCGCUUCUUUUCACUGAGGUGUCGGUCCUCACAGCGGCAGCUUUCCACACUCGGGAUUCCCCGCUCGGGAUUCCCCGCAGGGACCUUGCUGGGCCUCCUGCGGGCUGGCCCACCAGACCCAACCUUGGGGUUGUGCCAGGCCCGGGUUUGGGGCACACGAGAGACAGCGUCAGGAUGGGUGAGUCUGCUCAGGUGGGCUGGCACCCUCCCGGCUCCCUCCCCUGCCUCUGGGGACCAUGUCCGUCUGUCACUGGCCCCUGAGCCGGGACCACCGUCUCGUGUGCGCCCAGCCCUCUAAGCGGCCCGCUGGGAAACUCCCUUCCUGUGGCCCCCGUGUGCGUGCGAGCACUUCAGAGGCAUCUCGAGGAAACGGGCCUCGGAUGCCUCCAGAGCCCCCUUCAGCCUGGUGAUGGGACACGGGCCCCUCCUGAAGAAUUGCACGCUCCUGAGGGCCUUGGCCACGUGAGCUGGACGCCUGAGUUCGCCUGAGAUGGAGGAAGCCAUCGCCCGUACCGUGUUGCCGGCCGGGCCUCAGGAACCAGCCCGUCUUGUCCGGGCCCCUGCACUCUCUGUGAGGCUGGAAGUGCAGCUGAGGCGCUCAGAGGGAUCUGCACUCCCACCCCCACUGCAGGGCCUCAUCAAUAAUUGAUUCUGCAGAAGGCAGGGGAGUUCCAGCCAAGAGGGAAGGAAGGGUCCACGGCUCACUCAGGCGGAGCCCGGGGCCAGCGAAACCCUUCAGAGACCCCCCCUCCCCACUGUGGGCCAGGGCUGGGGGCCUGCAGGAGGCGCCCCGCCAGGCGCCCCCCAGCACAGCACCACGGGCAGGGCUACAGGACGGUUGUAUCGAUCGCCCCCGCUUUCCAAUCUUGCCUGCAGCUCCCUGGGGCUGAAAGAUGAUGGAUGACAGCUGGGGGGUCAUGUGGCCACAUCCCCGCCUGAAGGGAGCCCUCCUCUGGCCCCCAAAGCUGGGGGGAUGCGGGCGCGCACAGAGCAGAGAAGCAGCAAAACACAGCCCCUCACUGCUGUGUGAGGCCAUCAGCAGUCACUCCCCACGCCGCCCAGCCCCCGUCCCCAGGCGGCCACCAGCCUACUUUCUGUUUCCAUAGAUUUGGUCUGUUCUGGACAUUUCACGUAAACGGAGUCAUACAAUA